AUGGCCGCCAGCUACACGCUGCUGGCGCGGGAUCGGUGGUGCGACAACCGCAACGGCGCGGUGCGGCUCGGGGAGGACUUCAAUGGGUACAGCCUCGUGGGGUGCCAAGCGCAGUGCACCAAGGAUAGAUACUGUACCCACAUCUCCUUCAACCAGAACGACGGUUGGUGCUCGAAGUACGCGACCUGCGGCACGCCCACUCUGGAGCCGAAUGACUUCCCUCAGGAUCCGCGUGGCUGGCUGACCUUCGCCCGUGACCCUGGAGAGGCAGCUCCGCAGUUCUACGGGGACUGCUCACACCAGGACUUCCAGGUCUUCAAGACCCGCGCCAGCAACUGGUACGAGAAGCGGGUCGCCAGCCUCCGGCUCUUCCAUGACAUGACGCUCCUGGUCAACAACUUUCAGACCAUCUACAGCAACUGCCCUCCAGGGGCGUUGCUUGCGGUCCUCCUCAAGUUGGAGUCGGCAUACUUCGAGGAGGAGGAGAAGUGGAACACCUUGUUAGAGAUCUACAUCAACACUCUCCACGCCGCUUCAGCUGCAGGAGAGGUGGUGGCCAGCCACUAUGCCAACGGCUGGCCUUUGCAGAGCGGGAUCCAAGAGGCGCUGCGCUUGCGGCGCCUGGGCGGCGCGGAUCGAGCCAGGUCCGUGUCGCUGGUGGUGUGCUACUGUGCCGAGAGGCUGUCUUGGCUGCGAGCCUUUCAUCAGCUUCCCUGGCGCAUGGAGAACCGCUCCACGGCCAUCCGGAAAUCGGUAAACCUGCGGAUCUACCACAAGUGUGGCGGCCACGGAGCCGCGUCGCGCGCGAAGGAGGCCCGCCGGCUGCGGAAGGAGUGGGCGCCCUACUUCCGGGAGGUGUCCGUGCGCUACGUUGAUGACGUGUUGCGUGCUGAUGACGAUUCCGCCUACUUGGCCUACGUUGUUGACUGGUACAACGACUUGCCAGACUACACAGUCUUCCUCCACGCCGAUGCGCCUGAGCACGUGCCUUCGCUGGAGCUACUGACCGACACAGUCUUUGCAGCAGCCCGCGGGUAUUUGGAAGAGGACAUCGGCUUCGUUCACUUCGCGCACAACUACGUCCUGCACGACCUGGGGUGCGAGGGCGGCGUGUUGUGCGAGGGCCGGCAGCUCGACCCCGAGUUCGCGGCCCUGUGGAAGGCCGUCUUCGGGUCCUCCGUGGCGCCCUCGCUGGCGGCCGGGGAGGUGAAUGCGUACUGCUGCGUGCAGUUCAUGGUGAAACGCGAGCGGAUCCUGCAGAGGCCAAAAUCCUUCUACUGGCGAGGAUGGCGAUAUUUCGGACUCACUGCAGAGUCCUAUCACCGCCUCUUCCCCGUGGGCCGAGUGGUCCGCGGCCUCGACGUGCUGGGCCGAACCCCUGGGCAGCUGGCCAUGUACAUUUGGCACGUCAUGUUCGGGGAGCCCUUGCGACUUCCUCGGCGGCAACGAGACCCACGCUUGCCGCUGUUCAUGAAGAUCCAAAACAUCGAGGUGGAAGCUUUAGAUGAAGAAGGUGAGUCCUCGCAGGAGGAGAUGGCGCAGUUGGCGUAUGCCGGUAGCUUGAUCGAGUCUGGCAGCAACUCCAUCGCGGCAAGGCUCGGCAACCUCUUCGAGUGA